AUAAAAUCAUCUGAAGUUUAAAAAAAGGCUUGUUUUCAUGCUUUUGUCCUGGAGAAUCCUGUUUAAAAUUGAAAUCACCACCCACCUCAUUUCAUCUAUGCUUUCUUCACAUCCCAUUCCCUGUCCUUUGCUUCUGUCCCUUUCUCUUUUGUCUUUUCUGGCAGUCUCCCUCAUCUGCUCCCUCCUCACCCACCUUCCAAACACCACCUCCUUCUUCCCUUUCUCAGUAGCAGAAGAUGACUGCCAUGACAAUUCAAUGAGAGGAGAGGAUACCGCAUGAAGCACCCACCACUUGCUGAGAACAAGCGAAGGAGUGCCCAACAUAGAAAAAACAGAGACAACUAAAAAGAAAAGAGACUGUGAAGAAGUAGGAAGAGAGAUCAGAGGAAGUGGCAGUGAUAAGAGGGGAGGAGAAGGGGAGAGAAAGCGAAGGAUAAACGGUGGAUGGAGGCGGUUCGGACCGGGGUUACCAAGCUCUCUUCACUAACGAAGAAGAAGAACAGCAGCAGCAACAGAAGCAGCGGUAGGAGGGACAGAAGAUGGAGACGAAAGGGAGAAGCAUACCCUCAGACAUUAGCUUCCUUCCACGACCAGCGCUGGUUUGGUGCGAGCGAGGAAUCCAGGUGCUGUUGACCACUAUGGGGGCUUUCGCAGCGUUUUCCCUCAUGACGGUGGCCAUCGGCACAGAUUAUUGGCUGUAUGCCCGGGCAUUCAUCUGCAACAGUACUGCCAACUCCUCCCAGGAGGACUCAUCCGGCAACAAGGACAAGAAAGACCCAGGGGCUCUCACCCACUCUGGCCUCUGGAGGAUCUGCUGCUUGGAAGGCUUGAAGAGAGGUGUGUGUUCCCAGAUCAAUCAUUUUCCUGACGACGCAGACUAUGACCAAGAUGCUGCAGAGUAUCUGCUUCGUGUGGUUAGAGCUUCCAGUAUCUUUCCAAUCCUCAGUGCCAUAUUGCUCCUUUUGGGAGGAGUCUGCGUUGCUUCCAGUGGCUUCUAUAAGAGCAAAAGGAACAUUAUUCUCGGUGGAGGAAUCCUUUUUGUAGCAGCUGGGCUUAGCAACAUAAUUGGCGUAAUAGUGUACAUCUCAGCAGCCCUCAGCGACAUUUCUCCAAAGAAAGAUGAGGAUAAAAAGUGGCACUACUCCUAUGGCUGGUCCUUUUACUUUGGUGGUCUGUCCUUUAUCCUGGCGGAGAUGGUUGGAGUCCUGGCUGUUAACAUCUACAUCGAGAAGAACAAAGAGCUGCGUUGCCGCUCUCGUACUGACCUGUUCAAGAGCACCACCCAUGCCAUGCUGCGUCUGCCUAGCUACCGUUUCAGGCGACGCUCCCGCUCUAGCUCCCGGUCUACCGACCCGACUCGUUCACAGGAGACCUCACCUGUUGGAGCUUCCAAGACCUUCGCCCUUCCCCCGUCUGCUCCACCUUUCUCCGUUGCCACUCUGCCCAACCCACACCACACCAGCAGUGGUGGGAGUGGUGGGGGUGGGGAUAUCUCCAUGUAUACCCUUUCAAGGGACUCCAAGCUGGGCAGCCUGGGAGGAGGUGCCCCGCCUCUCUAUGGCACAGUGGACCGGGCCACGCUCUAUCAGCUUCACAAUUACUUCCCAAAAGAUUCCAGUGGCAGUGGUGGAGGAGCAGGAGGAGGAGCAGCGAUAAGCAGUGGUACACUCCCAUCUCACUCCAAGUCCAACCUAGCGGCAGCGGCAGCUGCUGCCAAUGCAGCGCCAUUGAAUACCUCCACCUCCGCUGCUGCAACAGCACAGUCAGCCCCAAUUUCAACAGCUACAAUGGAGCGAGACAGGGGAAACGUGGGAACCCUGGAUCGACUGACAGCCAAAAGGGACAGAGAUAGCAACUCCGAUACACUUAACAGGAAAACAACUCCUGUUUAAAAUGAAACCUCACAGAGGAGGGCUACAAAGUCCUGGAGAUGUUCAAAAAGGUAGGGCUUCAAACGGGUGGGCAACAUUUCAACAGUAAGGGUUAAUGUCCUUGAGUCUGGGGUAUCUAACUGCCAUAGAUACAAUAUAAAUGUAUCAUAAACAGUCAUAAAACACCUAAUACUGUGUGCACAUGUAUUACAACUGCCUUAAAACUACUGUGCAAUAUAAUAAUAACAUUUUUAAGUAAGUUUUCUCUAGUUUACCUUGAUCUCCUUUUGCUUUUCAUCCAAAGUAUUAUACAAAACGGCCAAUACAGCUAAACAGUACAGUUUUACCUUAACUUUCCCCUGGCUUAAAUCUGUACUUUCCAAAGACAAUUACUAAUUCAAUUGUCCCAUUCGGUUUUAAAAUGUUCACAAUAGUCCUGAAACACUCAGAAAUCACCAAUAAUAUGUGCCAAGAUGAUAAAAGCCAUAGUUUUUUCACAUAUCUGUUUCAAGGAACAUAAUGUCAUAAUUUUUGCCACGUGAAAAGCUUUUCAGCUUUUCAGGGACCAAUUCUAGAUCAUUAGUGGCUACUUGACCUCUGGUCCACAGAGUAUGACAUAAUUUAUUCAUAUCUGCCUUUUUUAAGAGUUUUAAGAAAAAAGCCACCGUUAAAUGAAAGUUACUGUAGGCCACAUGUGCAGAAAAUCUGAAGAACAGGAUUAGAAAGGUGCUAUGGUGGCAUUAGAGUGUUUGAUGAUGGCCAAAUAACAUACGGAAAAACCAAAAAUUCCCAUCAUUGUCCACAGAUUGAAGCAGUGUGGUCACAGAAUGAUGAUUAUUAAUUUUAUUUGAGUUUUGUUUGGUCCUGCACAACCUUUUGUUUAUCAGUCACACAAAAUUUUGAGGAAAAUACAAUACAAUAUAUAAUUGUAUGUUGAAUGAAAAUGUGAAAAUGUUUAGGGAUAUUAAGAACCUAGUGUUUAAACAAAUAAUUUCACCAGAUAUAUGAAUUUAUCUGAUCUGUUGUUUAAACAAGGGACUGUUAAAAUGUAUAUAUACCUUAAGUCUUACCUUAGUUUCACAUUAGGUUUAUUAGUAUUCUAUACUGUUUUCAUAUUAGGUGAUUCCUUUCUGUGAAAUAUGAACAUAUCCAGCAUAUUGUACAAGUAGAGCUUAGGAUGAGAAGGCUUCUAGCAAAAUACUGUAUAUUAUUUAGUUAGGGAGUGAUCAUAACUGCAGUGAAAACGAAUGAGCAGCUGCACUUUUGACUCUGCUCAUAAAUUAUGAUCAUUGUGUGUCACCAGGAAGCUCCAAGUCAAUGAAAGUUUAACUUUCAUAGAGGGAAUGUUGUGCACAUUGUGUGAUAUUUAAUUGCUUAAAAUGCUUUAGGGCUUUUUAUGACUGCUUAUGAAAAUAAUUAGAUACUGAAGGCUCAAAGGCAGCAUCUGUUGAAUGUUCUUGCUAAGGGCUGAUAAGGCAGGCAUGAGGGAUGGGGUUGGAAUCAAUUUACUCUCAGGGGGUGACAUUUUAUUUAGCGUCAAAGGUUGGAAAUUACUUUCAGGUGUAGCCCACAAUGAAAUAUUGACUUAUUCGAGUAAGUGUGGAAAAAGUAGUAUCAAAUACAUUAUUGAAUACGAGUAGUGAAAGAAUUUAGUUGAAUUUUAGGUGAACACAUUUUACAGGAUGUGUAUUACCAUAAUUGGAUUCCCCAGAAAUAUUUCUCUAGUAUUGUUUGAAUGGCCACAGGGUUGUAUGGAAACCCAAAUGCACUUUUAAAUGAACUAAUAAACCCAACACUUGUUAUUAAGAAGGCAGAAAAAAGUUCUAUAGUUCCUCUUCCCUCUGUCUUUCUAUAGCUCUAACUAUAUACUGUUUUACAAAGUAGAAUAAUAAAUGUAAAAUAAAAUAUAAUAUCUAACUAUUAAAGUAUAAAAACAUUUCAUGUCUGUUGAAGAUAAACUUUGAGUUUUGACAUUUUUUUAGUGAACAUGGUAAGUGAGCAUCGUCUCUAGGUUUCAGGAGAUUGUAACUUCUUAAGUGUUCUAUGAUCAAACUGGUUGUUGCAGGGUAUUUUUAUAUUUUGAAAUGUUCUUUUUUUAAUUUUCCAAAUCCUCUUCAUAUAUUUAUUCUGCUGUUUUAAUGCAAAAAUAAGUAGUUUUGCAUAAAGUGGGUGUAGAGAGAUAGGUUAUUUGGUCUACAUUUGUUAUUUUUGUUCAAUAUUAUCUUUAUUGUUGUUUUUGCAUUUGUUUGUGCUGGGAGAGUUGACUGAGCAUGCUCUAUUUGAUCAAUGCUGUGCUUUGGCCAAGCACACUGAGACUGGAGGCUGCCCAUUAACAACCGCAGUGUCUGACUCGUUUAUAAAACUGGAUCAACUCGGGGUUACUUGCUGUGCUCAAAAGCACAGCAUUUUGUUUUACAGCUUUUGUUAUUUUCCUUCAAACCAUGUAUGGUUUUAAUCAUUUUAUGGCGAUAAACGGGCACAUAUUUGUUUGUUUUUAAUUCAUUUUUUUUUUCUACUUUUUUAAUCUAUAAUUUAGUGGAAGUGUAAAAGCUUUCUCUCUAAUGGGUUUCACUUUUUUAUAUUUAUUGGAUUAUUUCUGUCAAUUAACAGUGUUGGCAUUUUUUCUCUAUUUCUUCACUUUUUUCUCUUAAGUAUAUAUUUCUUAAUUAUUUUUGGUUAGCGUCUGUUUUUAUACAUUUCUUGUCUUUCUUCCACUCAUCUUGUUAUUAUUUCCUUGUAGGAAAUGCAUAGAUCAAUUGACACAUAACCAACGUAGCCUAAAAAUCAGUGUUUUUUAUUGUUCUCACCAGUGUAUACCUGUAGGUGAUAGAGUUUAUAUCAAUAUAUUUAUUUUGGUGGUGGUAUGAAUAGAUAUUCUUAAUGUUCUAUUGUUUUAGAGUUCCAGCACUUGUAUCUUGGGACUUAACAGGUGACACCAGUUGCUGCAACAGAUAGUUGAUAACCUUAGUGCUGGCGAAAUGAGCUACCUGUGGUCUGUGUUGGUGAUGCUAAAUGUCUUCAGAGAGUAAAUGUUAUGUACAACAAAGUAUGUCUGUUCUUUCUAAUGGAGAAAUGUAUGUAAAUACUGUGAUGUAGGCAUGGCCCAGUAAAAAUAUUAUAGUUUCAUGAAACUGCUAGAUAAUAAUAGCUAGUUUCAUUCAAAGCAGAAGACUAUAGAUAGUCUUUAUUUUUUGUAGCAGUAAUAGAUGUCACUAUUACUGCUAUAAAAAUACCAUAGUAAUGGGUCAGAGUCCUUCAGUCUUUAUUAUUUUUUUCUUGCAGGGAAAGGAAAAGUUUGGAGGUUUCUUUCAGCAUUCCAGAUUCACAGCAACAUGUAGGGGAGGGGUAUUAGCUGCGUAUUACAUCGUGUUUUAUACAAAAAGGAGAAUCUCUCUGGCACUUUCUCUGCCAUUCAAAUGUUUUAAAUUGUAGAAAAGGUCUGAUAUUUUAGUGGUUUUGAAACUGUAAUAUUCUCAAUCCUUGAUAUUUCUGGAUAGCUGGUCCCACUCCAUGCCUACUGACAUGUGUCUAAAGUUACAUAUCUUUGUGAAGUGUUUGUAAGAACUGCUCGAUUUUAUUUUUUGUAUUUUAUGUUAAUGUACUGAUGUUAAAGCCAUUCUAAAGCCAAUGUAAAACUGAGUUCCCUUCCCAGCACUUUGGCUACCGACGCAAGUCUGAAUUGAAACUAUUCAGAGAUGAACCUUCAUAUUUCCUUUCAGCAGAUAAAUUCAAGAAAGGGACACUAAUGACAAAGGGAAGCAAUACAUUAUUCAGAUCCUCUCUGGAAAUGACAAAAAAAACAAAAACACAAGGCAUAUAUAAGAUAUAAAUAUAUAGAUAUAUUC